AUGUCGAAAGAAACAGCGUCUAUGAGAGAAAUACAACACAACCGACAACUCAUUGUACAAGCUCUAAAUAAGAACACAACAAACUUUUCAAACUAUUCUAAGAUAUCUGAGUCAUUGAAAGAAGGAAACUUAAAACUGACGAUAAACCCAAUGACAGAUGAGUUUCUGUUUCAAGACAGUAAGAACCAUACUGUUUGUAUAAAUCCAACAAAAAGAACUUUAAACGAGAAACCUAUAGAUGAACUUCUUUUGAAGGCAGAUAUUGACAACAAAGCUGACAAAGAGUAUGUAGACGAUGAGUUAGCAUAUUUGGCUAGUGGGUUAGUGAAGAAGGCAGAUAAGGAAUAUGUGGAUGAAAAAGACAAUGAAAUUAUAAAAAGGGUUGAAUGGUACCAUGAACGGACAUCGAAGAUUUUAGAAGGUAAAGCCAAUACAGGGUGGGUUUCAGGAUGUUUAGACCUUAAAGCUGACAAGAACCAUACACAUACCAUUGCAAAUAUUACAAACUUACAAGAAACCUUAAACAGUAAAAGUGACGUUGGACAUACACAUAACUUCUUCUCAACUGUUGGUAUAGAAAGUAUUUUAGGAACGAUUGAAAAAACUGGUGGGGGUGGAUUAUAUUUUAAACCUCCUAACUUUCCAGAAGGUUUAACAUCGGAUAAAGACAUUAAAUGUAGAAAUGUCUAUGUCAUGGAGGAUGAAAAAAAAGUUAAAUUCACUGCUCAAGAUUUAUAUGAUAAAAAAGCUGACAAAACAGAGCUUCAAACGUUAAAGACAGAAAUACUUCAAACAGUAUAUCCUAUAGGUUCUAUUUACACGUCAAUGAACUCUACCAAACCAGAAGUAGUACUUGGUUUUGGAACUUGGACUCAAAUAGUCGACAGGUUUUUGUAUUGUGCAAACUCUUCAAAGGAAACAGGUGGAAGUAAAACGAUUUCAGGUGCAAAUUUACCUGCGCACAGUCACUACGUAA